CCGUGCAGGGUAGGAGAGACGUGUUAGGAGAUGGCGGACGUGAAGGUAAAGCAAGAGAGUGGGGAAGCUACUGAAACAGAGAACAGGAUUAUAGAGCUUUGUCAGCAGUUUCCUCAUGGCAUUACAGACCAAGUUAUCCAGAAUGAGAUGCCACAUAUUGAACCAAAGCAGAGAGCGAUGGCAAUCAACCGCUUGCUGUCAGUGGGUCAGCUAGAUCUUCUUAGAGGUGCAGCAGGCCUUUUGUACAGACUGAAAGACGCACAGACCGCUGGCAAAAUGAAGGGAUCUGACAAUCAGGAAAAGUUAGUGUAUCAGAUUAUCGAGGAUGCUGGCAAUAAAGGAAGUAAAUUAACGGGGAGCUCCAAGAAAAAAGUUACCUCUGAUGAUGUUUAUUCCAGGUCCAUAUCGGUGUUGUGUAGAGCUUCCAAAAAGAAAGUUUACAUGCUGUAUAAUGUCCAGCCGGACCGCUCUGUGACGGGAGGAGCAUGGUAUAGUGACCAGGACUUUGAGUCUGAAUUUGUAGAAGUAUUAAACCAACAAUGUUUUAAAUUCUUACAAACCAAGGCAGAAGCAGCGAGGGACAGUAAGCAAAACCCUAUGAUCCAAAGAAACAGUUCUUUUGCAUCAUCCCAUGAAGUCUGGAAAUAUAUUUGUGAGCUUGGAAUCAGCAAGGUUGAAUUGUCAAUGGAAGACAUAGAAACUAUUCUAAACACGCUGAUUUAUGACGGGAAGGUAGAAAUUACCAUAAUUGCAGCAAAGGAGGGAACAGUGGGCAGUGUGGAUGGACAGAUGAAACUUUACAGAGGAGUAAACCCAAUCAUACAGCCAGCAGGUUUAGUGCGUACACCCUGUGGCCUGUGCCCGGUUUUUGAGGACUGCCAUGAAGGAGGGGAUAUUUCUCCAUCAAACUGUAUAUAUAUGUCGGAGUGGUUGGAUUUCUGAUGGAGGCCUAUUAGAAAGCAUAGCACCGCGGGGAAAGACACCUACCUAUAAGCAUGCCACACUUUGGUGUAUCAGACUGUACAAAUUGUACUAAAAGUAUUUAUUUUAGAUGUUUACAAUUUUUAUUACCACUCAUAUUCCAUUUUUGAUAUCCAAUUCUGUUAAAUCAGGUCCAAACCAAGGAACAAUGUUUUAUUUAACGCCUUAAUCAGCUGCCAAGUUGUAAGCAUGGUAAUAAACAGAAUGAGCCAUAGAUACUAGAUCAGAAGUAUUUCUUAUUUUUAGUGAAAUGUUAAAUAAAUAAUAG